AGAAUGGCCUCAGGCAAUGGCUCUUCGUUGGUGACCGAAUUUGUCCUCCUGGGUUUAACACAACAGCCAGAGCUCCAACUGCCUCUCUUUUUCCUCUUCUUGGGAAUCUAUGUGGUCUCCAUGUUGGGGAACCUGGGCUUGUUUAUUCUGAUUUAUCUCAAUCCUCACCUGCACACUCCCAUGUACUACUUUCUCUUCAACCUUUCCUUCACUGACCUCUGUUACUCCUCUGUUAUAACCCCCAAAAUGAUGAUGAGUUUUGUGAAACAGAACAUCAUCUCUUAUGCUGGGUGCAUGGCUCAGCUCUUUUUCUUUGCUUUCUUUGUUAUUGAUGAAUGCUGUAUUUUGACAUCAAUGGCCUAUGACAGGUAUGUGGCCAUCUGUAAGCCCUUGCUUUACAGAGUCACCAUGUCCUAUCAAGUCUGCCUCAUGUUGAUGGUGGGUGGGUAUGUGAUAGGGUUUACAGGUGGCAUGGCUCACACUGGGUGCAUGCUGAGACUCAGCUUCUGUAACAGCAAUGUCAUCAACCAUUACAUGUGUGACAUACCUCCUCUCCUGCAGCUCUCCUGCACAAGUACCGCCAUCAAUGAGCUGGUUGUUUUCAUUGUGGUGGGAGUCAGUAUAAUAGUGCCUAGUCUCACGAUCUUCAUUUCUUAUACCUUGAUCCUUUUCAGUAUACUUCGAAUCCAUUCUACAAAAGGCAGGUCCAAAGCAUUUAGUACUUGCAGCUCUCACGUAAUUGCUGUUUCUCUUUUCUUUGGAUCCUCAGCAUUCAUAUAUUUUAAAUCUUCUCCUUCUGGGUCUAAGGAUGAAGACAAAAUAUCCACAGUUUUUUAUACUAUUGUAGGGCCAAUGAUGAACCCUUUCAUUUACAGUUUGAGGAACAAAGAUGUUCAAGUUGCACUGCAAAAGACUUUGAAGAAAAGGGUGCUCGCCUAA